AUGGGGAUGGCUAACCCCAUAGAGGCCUCUGCCUUCAACCUCAGAGCCAACUCCGGCCGCGGCCCGGGACUGCCGCCCGCCUCGGAGCUGGACAAGGCGGACGCCUGGUUGCUCCGGAAGAGUCACGAGACCGCGUUCCUAUCCUGGUUUCGGAACGGGCUGCUCGCCACGGGCAUUGGCGUGAUUUCCUACGUGCAGGGCGACACAGGGCGGGAAGCAGCCUAUGGUUUCUUCAUCCUUGGGGGAAUCUGUGUCUCGUAUGGCAGCGCCUCCUAUUUUGUCAGCCUCUUCCUCCUCCGUCGCACGAUGAUGCUGUCCUACUCGGCUGCUCUCCUGAACUCUGCUGCGGUCAUCACGGUGGCUCUCUUCUGGCUGUGUGCCAUCUCUCUGUACAUCGGCCGGUUGGAGGUAGAAAUCAUCCAAGAUGAUGCUAACGAUAAGAAAAGGGAGGAUGGGAAGUCAGAAAAAUGAAGGUCAAAGCGACCCUUCUGGACACGAUGAUACUCUGCGGAAUGAUUCUGAAGGCCAGCUCGGUGGUAGUUGGGCCGGAUGGCGCCACGGAAGAAAGAAAGGCAGGCUGGCUCUCCUGCAAAUGAAAGACAAGCGGAGGUGUUGGCUGUUUUCUGUUUAUUUCAGGUUUUCUGGAUGGGCCCUGGGGAGCAGCAGUAGCAAAUCAGUUCGCUGGGAGGGCAAAGAAGGAAGUUUAAAGGGCCUUCCUCUGAGCGAAUGUGCCCUCCAGAAGCAUGCAUUCUUGCUACACAAGGCUCUCUGAUGCUUUUCAUGAGCGAGCCUGCUUUGCAACACCCCCCCCCUUCUGCUUCAGCCAGGUUUUCUUGUUUCAAAGCCACAUUCAGCAAAAAAAAAAAAUCUGAGUAAAAGCCAGUUCUGUUAGUGUCUUCUGCACAGCUUGCCUUGGCUUUCCCACUCUCGCUUACGCUCCUGACCCCUCCCCAUCGGAUGCGCAUCGGUUCUGUCGCUGGACCUGCCGCUGUUCUGGUCAGCCGACAUUUAUAUUAAAGACACCAAAAGCAA